AUGGAGGAGUUCUAUGAGCUGUACGAUGUCGUCAGUACUGCAGCUUCGUUGAGUCUAUCACCUGUAGUUUCCGGUUCCCGCGUUGUGAGUGAUAAGUGUGAAUCCGGCAAACGUCAAGGUUGUGGUGAUUGUCGUACGGUGAACAUUUGUAGCUAUGAUCAAACUGUUCUUACUAGCUACAAAUGUCAAGAUGUGGAACCAGAUAAACCUUACUGCACAGGAAAUGGUGUCUGUUCUGCGGAGUAUGAGUCAGAAAGCACCUGCGCGAUGGCAGAUGAUCUUUGUCCCUUGUCGAAGGCUGGAUUUUAUCCAGAUCCAGCCAACUGUACGCAGUACAUUUACUGUGACGAAAAGCAGAUAGCUACGCCUUUGAGUUGUUUAGCAGCGAAUAACGCCUACAAUCAUUCGUCCUCGUCGUGCUUUCUACGAAAAACUUUGGACGACUGCUAUCAAGUGAACUGUGAUUUGCCGUUGAAUCGUAAUAAAUGGUUUGUCUAUAAACCGUUUCCACAACUUUACUUCUUUUGCUCGAGCAGAGGAUUACCAGUGAUGUUCGAAUGUCCUAGCGCUUUGGAGGUGUACGAUGUGAAACUGCAACGGUGCAAAUUUGAAUGCCGAGAAAGUGGUCGCUUCCCGUACCCGGGAGAUAACAAAAAAUACUAUGAAUGUGUUUACGUCACACCUUUCAAGAUCAUGUUUAUUUCACGCGAUACAGGGCUCUAA